AUGGCCAUGAGGGUCGACUCUGCAAUCCUCGCCGUCGUCGUCGCCUUCCUCCUUCCCCUCCGCCUGCUCUCCCUCUGCGCCCGCCUGAACUCCUCCGGUAGCGCAGGCGACCUCCGCCGAUCCUGCUCCGCCCUCGCCAUCGCGGCCGCGCUCCUAGCCACCUUCUUUGCCCUACCCCGCCACGACGGCGGUCGCACGGGGCAGUGCGCCACCUCCGUUGGUUCCCCUUGGGAGGAGGGUACCGGCCGAGAGGUUCGGUUGGAGAUCGAGCAGCUGAAGCUGCAGCUCUACCGAUUGGAAUCAUUAUGGGAAAACAAAUCAAAAGCACCAGACGACAAAGGUGAUGCUUCAGAGGAAGAUGCCGAGUUUGUGAAAGCGACGGGACUGGACAUUCAGGCUCUGAUCAAGGAACAAGAAAACAUCAAGGAGGUACGAAUUCUGGCGGCAGAAUCCAGAAAGAUGAACUCUGAUAUUUACAAUGUGUGGUCAUUGGCCAACGAUACGGAGAAAACGGUUGAAGCUCUACAUUCAGAUGUCCAAAAGGCUCAAAUUAUAAUGGAUGAAUCAAGGAAGAUGAACUCUAAUGCUCACCAGAUAUGGUCAUUGGCAAAGGAUACAGCAAAAAAGGUCGAAUCUCUGUAUACAGAUGUUGCAAAGGUAUCACUCUCAUGGCUAAUGUCUGUUUUGAUUAUCGUAAUUUAUGUGUAUGUGUUAUUUCAGAUUGAAAUUUCAGAUCUAAUUUAA